ACAAGACAAAAACUCUCCAGUACCACCGCAGCAUCGGAUUUGAAAACUAACACUAGUAAAAAUCCACCUGUGCCAUCGCAGUACUCUGAGUGAUCGAUUUGAAAACCAGUCCUACCAGUACUUGCUGCUUCAGACAACAUGUCGAAUAUCCCGACCAAGACCCGGAGCUGGGUUUUGACAAACAAGCCCUCAGGGCUGGCGACCAUCUCAGGUGACAAGCCGACCUUUACACUGCAGACGCGCAAUCUGCCGCCAUUGGACAACGACCAAGUCUUGGUCAAGGCGCUCUACUACAGCAACGACCCGGCCCAACGAGGCUGGAUCAGUCCCGACAUCCCCGCCGGCAGACUGUACGUCGAACCCGUCCAAGUCGGCGAGGUCAUGCGCGCUCGAGGCCUCUGCGAGGUGAUCGACAGCAAAUCCGAAAAGCUGCCCAAAGGCACCAUCGUCCAGGGUACGGUAAACUGGAACGAAUAUGCCGUCCUGGACGCCAGUGCCGUUACGCCCGUCCAACCUCUCCCCAACGGCUUGAGCUUGACGCACUAUCUCGGCGCACUGGGCGGCACGGGCCUGACUGCAUAUUAUGGUCUGGUGGUUGUCUGUGAGGCGAAGAAGGGCGACAAGGUGGUUGUCUCCGGCGCGGCCGGUGCGACGGGCAGUAUGGUUGUUCAGAUCGCGAAGCAUAUCGUCGGCGCGAGUAAUGUCAUUGGCAUUGCUGGUACAGAUGACAAGUGCCGUUGGGUGGAGAGCUUGGGAGCGGAUAAGUGCCUCAACUACAAGUCAUCGUCAUUCGCGAGCGACCUCGAGAAAGCCACCGAGGACGGUGUCGACAUCUUCUUCGACAAUGUUGCGGGUGAAAUUCUCGACAUGAUGCUCGGGCGUAUGUCCAUGUACGGUCGUGUCGCGGCUUGCGGCGCCAUUACUUCGUACAACUCCUCCGAGCCGCUCGUGCUGAAGAAUUACUUCCAAGUGAUCUCCAUGAGAUUACAGAUCAAGGGCUUCAUCAUUGUAGACUACCUGUCCAAAGCUGCCGAGACGCAGAAGAUCUUCAGGCAGGCCAUUCAAGAAGGGAAAUUGAAAGUCGGGGAUGAAAUGGAGACGGUUGUGUCCACCAAGUUUGACGACGUGCCGAAAACGUGGUUGAAGCUAUUCUCCGGUGGGAAUACUGGCAAGUUGGUGACCAAGCUCGAAGCAUAAGCGGGAGACAGCCUGUUCUAGUAUGGGAAUCCCUCAGAAGGGACGAUUUUUUUGGACGUGGACCAGGAAAAUUUACUUAUAUCACCAGCCAACUCAUUGAACUUC